AUGUUUGGUUUGUUUUUCUGCUCCGAUUAUUCCAGAAAAUUCUCAUCUUCUUCUAGAUCUUGGCACGAUGCCAAAUUCCAUUACGAAUUCGACGAAUGCAAUGAGAUCCAAGCCGGCGGGAAAACUGUUGACCUACUCGAAAAUCGGAAAGUCGAUGUGAUUUUCGGACCGACUUGUUCGCGACCCGGAAUGAUCUCCUCAACUCUCGCGUCGUACUACAAUAUCCCAAUAUUCGAAUGGGGAUUGACAUCGGCUCGCCAACUAACCGAUAUCAAUCGAUACCCGACAUCUCUCCCAUUUUCUGUGAAUAGUUAUAGUCUAGCCAUGGCGAUCCGUGGAACACUGAAACAGUUCGAGUGGUCGGAGUUUGUUUUUUUGUAUUGUAAUGAUGGAGAUGAUGAGAAAUGUGAAUCAUUGAAAGAUGAUAUUCAGACUGUUGCCUCCCACCACUCUGAUAUCACUCUGGCUUACACUACAAGGAUCACAAGCAAAAAUUUGUCGGAUAUGAGGACGGCGAUCAAGGAUAUUAAGAAGAGAGGGAGGAUAAUCGUCGCUUGCGUGGCUUCUGGAAACGGCUCAAAACGGACAUUAAUGCAGGCGGCGGCACUCGAAAACGCCAACACAAAUGAAUAUGUUUAUAUCAUGGCGGAGACGAAUUCCAGAGGAUUCAUUGUUGACGAGCCGGGCGGAAAAUCUCAUUAUUUAUGGGAAGGAGUUCUCAAUGAUGCGGGGAGUUUUACGGUGGAAGAGUCUAGACAAUCUAUGUCAAAUCUCUUGUUUUUGGUGGAUAACAUGGGAAUGAAUGACGAAGUGACUCCACAGUAUUUGAAUUUUUCGAAAAAAGUUAUCGAAAUGAUGAAGGAUCCGCCGUUUAAUUGUGUGGAGGAUUGUGCAGGAGAGGAGUAUUCAUCGGUAGCAAAAUAUGCUGGCCAGCUAGCCGACGCCUUCUAUGCUUACGCUGUCGCCCUUAACAGAUCCCUCAUAGCAAAUCCAUCAGCUAACAUCAGAAACGGAACUAUGAUUCUCAGAAAUAUGGGAAUGACAUUUGAAGGAGUCGGAGGAGGAGAUGUGAUGGUUGAUCCGGAUUCCUCGCGGACUUCCGUCAUCACAAUGAUCGGAUUGAACUCAUCGAAACUUCCGGAGACAUAUGGAAGACUGAAAAUCAAUAAUGAAUCGAUUGAGUUUGAAGUGUUGUAUGCAGAUGAGAGGUCUGAUAUCUGGAAUGGAAGGGACCGUCCGAAAGUGAAACCGACUUGUGGAUUCACUGGCACUCAGUGUCCGCCAAACUUUGUCAGGGAUUAUUUGGUGUUCGUUGUGUUGGUUGCAUUGUUUUUGACUGUGGCGAUUGGAGCGGCGACUGGCGGAGUUGUUUAUGCGAUAAGGCAAAAACAACGAGAAAUCGAACGACAAGAUGAGUUAUGGCAUGUGGAUGUCACACACCUUCAAUCGAUCAAUAAAAAAACAAAAUCCGAGGCGAGUCAACGUUCAUUUGCGAGUGGGCCAUCUACAUCGACCAAACUGACAAUGGAGAGUAGAUCAGAAACUUCUCGAUUUGUUUUUUAUAUGUAUCAUAAUGAGAUUGUCGCCGCAAACAAACAUGACUCAAGAACUCAUUUCACGGAGGAAGAGAGAUCACAGUUGAGACAGAUGCGAAGUCUCGACCACGACAACCUUAACAAAUUCAUCGGUCUCUGUCUAAACUCGACUCAGUUGAUGUCAAUCUGGAAAUACUGCUCCCGUGGCUCACUUUCUGACGUCAUUGAGAGAAGUUCGAUGCAAAUGGACAGCUUCUUCAUGCUCUCGUUAAUCCGUGAUAUUGCAAAUGGACUCGGAUUCAUUCAUUCGUCAUUCCUCCUCUUCCAUGGAUUCUUGACUUCUAAGAAAUGCUUGAUCGAUGAUCGUUGGCAGGUCAAAAUAUCAGAUUUUGGAAUUCCGAUGGUGAGGAAUGGAGACAAAGUGAGCAAGGAGGGAUUACUGUGGACUGCUCCGGAAGUUUUGAGGAAUGAGAUGAGUGAGAGAAAACCGGAUGGAGAUAUUUAUAGUUUUGGCAUCAUUUGCUCUGAAAUUAUCACUCGAACUUCACCAUUCGAUAUGGAGAAUCGGAAAGAGAAGGCAGAAGAAAUAAUCUAUCAGUUGAAAAAAGGUGGAUUCAAUGCGAUUCGUCCGAUGCUUCUACCAGAUGACUCACUUGAUAUUAAUCCAGAAUUAACGCAUUUAAUCAGAGAUUGUUGGACUGAAAAACCAUCAGAAAGGCCUUCGAUUGAACAGAUAAAAAGUUUGCUGAAGGGAAUGAAUGAUGGGAAAAAAGGGAAUUUGAUGGACCAUGUCUUCAAUAUUUUGGAGACUUAUGCCUCGAAUUUGGAGGGAGAAGUAGAGGAAAGGACGAAGGAAUUGGUGGAAGAGAAGAAGAAAUCUGAUGUCUUGUUGUAUCGAAUGUUGCCGAGAGCCAUCGCGGAAAAACUGAAAUCUGGAAUUUCCAUAGAACCGGAGACGUUCGAACUCGUCACAAUAUUCUUCUCCGAUGUCGUCCAAUUCACAAAUCUCGCUGGAAAGUGUACUCCACUUCAAGUUGUUCAAUUGCUCAAUGAUUUGUAUACUAUUUUUGAUAGUAUUAUAGAGCAACACGAUGUUUAUAAGGUUGAAACAAUAGGCGAUGGUUACCUCUGUGUCUCCGGUUUACCUCACCGGAAUGGAAACGAACACAUCCGACAUAUCGCUCGAAUGUCGUUAAGAUUCUUGUCAAGUCUAUCAAAAUUUAGAAUAUCUCACAUGCCAAACGAACGGAUCAAUUUGAGAAUUGGCAUUCAUUGCGGAUCCGUCGUCGCUGGAGUCGUUGGUCUCACAAUGCCACGUUACUGUCUUUUUGGCGACGCAGUGAACACGGCUAGUCGGAUGGAAAGUAAUGGAAAACCAGGACGAAUCCACGUGUCAUCUGAAGCCAACCGGCUUCUAACUGAAGUCGUUGGAGGAUUCAGAACAGAAGAACGAGGAGAAGUGAUAAUAAAAGGGAAAGGAGUCAUGGAGACAUAUUGGUUGAUAGAAGAAAAUGGGGGUGCUGAACCAGUGAAAUCACUUUUGAAAAGAAGGAGAAAGAGUAGCACGACGGGAUCGGAAGCAAGGAGUGUCACUCCUGCAUGA